GUUGAGCAGCUUUGCAGACAUCCUGGCUGCAGACAAGAAGUAGUCACCAAACCUUUUGGGGGCGGUGGUGAUGAUUAACAGGCGUCUGUCCUCUUGUUUACCCUCCAGUUUCCUCCACACCUUCUCCUUUUAUUUACGCCCACCGACAGAGGGGAGGGAGCAGGCGGAAAAGAGCUUCCAGCGCUGUGGAACUCACCUUUAGUUGGGGCUGGGACAAAAACAACCACUAUGAAAGCGCUCUUGUUUGUUUUGAUGCUUGGAGUUUCUCUGGCGUCUGACGCUCUCGCUCCUGCACACCUCGGACCGCCGUCGCUCGGCUUCAGUUCGUCGGUCCGGUCGGUGUGCAAGCCGAUACCGAGCAGUCUGUCUCUGUGCCACGGCAUCGGCUACCGGCACAUGAGGCUACCCAACCUGCUGGGCCACGACACUCUGCGGGAGACCCAGCAGCAGUCUGCCGCCUGGCUGCCGCUUGUCUCCAAGCUGUGUCACCGGGACACCAAGAAGUUCUUGUGCUCCUUGUUCGCUCCGGUAUGUGUGCCGGACUACAGCGGGCCGGUCAGCCCGUGCAGGAGCCUCUGCGAGGCCGUGCGCGACCACUGCGUCCCCGUCAUGAACGCCUUCGGCUUCCCCUGGCCGGAAAUGUUCAACUGCAGCCGCUUUCCACGCGGGACCCAGCUCUGCAUCCCUCCAACUGGGGAGCAGGAUGCGCGAACAAUGGAGGAGAUCACCCACGAGGAGGCGCUCAAAGGAAGUGUCAUUUGUGAAGCCUGCAGUCUUGCAGCUGAGGGAGAGACUGACAUCCAGGACAACUAUUGUCAAAGUCCAUAUGCAUUGAAGAUGCGUCUGGGCAGUGUGUCAACAGUGGGAGGAGACCUUCAACUGGUGCCUUUGGCCCGAAGCCGCAUCCUGAGGUGGGCAGGGGGAGGUGCGGAAAGGGCGGGAAUUAGAGGCGCGAUGGCCCAUGAUGCUCUGUGGCUGCAGGAAGGCGGCACUUGUGCGUGUCCCGGCUUGGACUCAGCAGACAACAAAGAUGGUGUUGUCGGCAGGGAGGUCAUGGACAAAAAGGUGAACGGGGUCCUGGAUGGAUGGUAUUUGGCACUGGCUCAGGCUGAGGAAGGAAGGCUGGUGUUGACUCGGUUGGUGCGCUGGACGAGAAGCGACAAAGAUCUGAAGAAGUUCAUCAGGGGACUAAUGAAACAAGCCUGCCCUGAACUGUAGCCAUUCGGUCUGUUCCCUAUUAGCAGCUCUUUUUCGACAUGUCCCGUUCGCAAAAAGCCUCUAAAUAAUGAAUCAGCCUCGCACAGACUUUUAAGCCAGAAGUGUGAAAAGUUACCACGACUCUGCAUUCUGACCACUUGACUAAUGAAUGGUCCCCCAUUACAUUUUAAAAGUUGUUCGCUCAAGUUGUUGCAAUAUUAUAUUUUUUUGUAGGUUUCUGUGUGCAUAAAAGAUCUGCUUUUAAUUUGGUGUCUCACGGGGUAGUAUUGUACCUUUGACACAAUUAUGUAACCAUGCAGCAAUACAACAAUGUUCUCAUUGUUUGGUAAAUAUAUGCAUACAUAUUAAAACACGAUAAUGAGGAAACACUCAGUCACGCUUGUACUCGUUGCGGUUUUACAUCAUUGGGAUAUUGCUGUUGUAUUAAACCAAUCACGGCUCACCGGUUUUAUGAAGCUGAGCCGUGAUUGGUUGUGUCCUGAGAUGUCAUUUUCAGUUGAAGGCAAGUGGCAAAUUGGCCGCCCUCUGAGAUGGAUAUAAAUGGGUCAAACGUUCUUAACUCAUGUCUCACUAACAAAAUUAAUCAGAAUGCCGUGUUUAGACUAGUGGGGGCACAUAUAACAUAGUAUUCUU